AUGCCCCUCGUUCCGACUAGAAUCUAUGGUUCCAACCUGUUGUAAUGGUCCAUAAAGCUAGCCAAACCUCAAGCUAGUGGUAACUGUUUCGGCAAAGAGCACAGAUCUCUGGUUACAGAAAAUAUCGUGAUCAGACUGAUCAUAUUUCCUCUUUUUGCAACAGAAUAAAUAUAGCUAAAUAAACAGGUGAGCGCUUAAAAGCUUAUUUUCGAUCUACCCACCGCCAUAAUGGCCCUGGCAGAGAAAGGAAAUACAGCUUGUGCUCUUACAGCCGAGCUCUUGACAGUUGGUCCGGAUAUAAUGGGACAGCCGUACAGUAUCUCCGUGUUAAAAGAGGGCUACUGCUUGCCACAGGCGAAUGGAUCGACACGCGCGGACGGCACUAUAACUCUGCUGCAGGGACCAAAGACAAUUCUGGUAGAUACAGGCGGACCCUGGGAUCGGGAUUUUCUUUUGCGGCGAUUAAAGGAGAAAAACAUUAGCCCAGAUGACAUAAACAUUGUAGUCGGCACUCAUGGACACUCGGACCAUGUGGGGAAUUUGGGGCUAUUUCCUGGAGCGACAUUGGUUGUGGGAUGUGACAUUAGUCAAGGAGACCUCUACCUGCCCAACCAGCUAGCUGAGGGAGAACCAUUUCCUAUUGAUGAACACGUGUCAAUACUGCCAACACCAGGUCACACUGGGCGGGAUGUAAGCGUGCUGGUAAAAGGAACCUCAGUGGGUACUGUGCUGGUGGCAGGGGACUUGUUUGAAUGCUGCACUGAUGAGGACACCUGGCGGGAGCUUAGUGAGAACCCAGCGGUACAGGAGGUCAACCGGCAAAAGGCAUUGCAGAUUGCUGAUGUGAUCAUCCCAGGACAUGGUGGCCCAUUCAGAGUGCGCAUGGAUGUGGGGGACAGCAAUCAGCAUGAAGUCGACUGCUCCCUCCUGAGACCUAAAAGGCAAGAAACUAAAUGCUGUUCCACGUGAGCAACAGCUGCCUGGGACCCCCGGUGGACAUGGACAGAAGUGCAUGUACAUGUUGUCUGGCAGGCACAGCAAUACAAAGCAACUAUUAUGCUAUGGUGCAGUUCUACAGUUUAGAAUAUGUAGUUUUAUUUAUUUUUAAAUGAAUAAAUUACUUAAUGUGUGUAAUAUUUGUGGACAUUUUUUACAUUGACGGAUUUAAGGUAUGUAUUUAAAAAUAUAUUUGGUAAAGUACAUUAUAUUAUAGAGUAGACAUUUGUUUUGUGUUUUAUUUUAAUUUACAGGCUGUUCAAACCUUUGUCCAAGUACAUUCUUAGAUAAUACAUGGUAAUGCAUGGGUAAUACAUGUAGGCUAAUACUUGUGUGUCUGCUAAGAAAUUAAACUUUUUUCAGAGCUUCUGGAACUUGUUUAUCCUGUUUUCUUAUACUGCUCUACCCAUUUACAGGAAUGCAAGGAAACCAAGCAAGUAUUUCAGAACACUUUCACAAUAAAAAUCUGACUUGCGCUGC